AUGUCACCGAGCCUCAAUGCCAUGGGUAUUCUACUCAGGGCACAAUCGGUGUUCGUUGGUCCCUCGAAGCGUCUAGUUUUGGUUGCUGAAGAAUGGAUACGGGUCCGAAUGAGAGGAACCCACUUCGUGGGACGAGCUUUACAGUUUAAAUUUGAUACCUUCGGAGCUGUUUCUCAAGUUCAGAAAAGAAGUCGAGGGGUUACGAGUUGGCGUCAAUUUGAGUUCUAUAAUGCUCCAGUCAAUGAUUACAGCAAAGAUCGUACGACGCCUCUGCCCCCGAUCGUAACUUUACUGCUUGUUCACCGAGGACAAUGGAUUCUCAAAUCUUCUGGUUCGACUGAAAAGCAAGAUUUCAUACAGCUGCAGAGACACGGGUUUCCUCAAUUGGAAACGUUAAGACCGUCUGAUCUGAGAUUUGACCGGCUUCAGCCAUCCGAUCAAGAGUUGGUGGAUCAGACAGAUUUCAAUUUGGGAAAUUCGUGGCCGCGAGAAGCUGUUCUUGAUGAAGAAUAUUGGACAGCAGCAUGGCUACGAGCUGAAAGUCACUGGGAAGACCAAACAAACGAACGAUAUGUUGAUAACUACAAAAGGAAAUUUGCAGAGCAGGAGUUCAAUGCCAUAAAACGGCGAUGCAGAGGGCAGCAUUGGCAGAAAUACUUGUGCAUUGUCACGGUUAAGAAGGAGGAGAGGAAUGUAAAACGCACCGUUUUGAAAAGUGUAGUUGGAACACUUGAUUUGAGCAUCCGGUAUCUGUUGCAUGGAGAGACCUAUCCUGGGGAACGGGUAAUGGCUCCUCUGUUUGGCUGCAUUAACAAAACAGACCCAAAUAGAUAUGGUUAUAUUGCAAAUUUAUGUGUAGCCAAAUCAGCACGUCGCCAGGGUAUUGCGAGAAACAUGUUGCAUUUUACUAUCGAAUCAGCCAAAUCUAAUGAUGUGGAUCGGUUAUAUGUGCAUGUGCAUAGAAAUAACAAACCUGCUCUGGAACUGUAUGAAAAGAUGGGUUUCGAGCUGUCACAUUCAUAUGAGAUGGUUGGAAUGGGAAGCUCUCAAUUCUUAGAGCAGACUGACUUGCUGUGCAUAAAGAUAUAAAAAGUUCAUUCAACACACAUUGUUGAAUUGUUUUUAUUUUCUUUCGUACUCCAUGAAGAAAUGAAACAAUUGUACAUGAAGAACGUAGAUUAAUGUUAUGCUUACAUGAAAACCAAAUUGGGGGAGUGGAAACCCAUAGAUAGCAAUCAUUUAGAUGUGAUCAUGUGUGAAAAUUCAAUUGUAUCAAUGUAGUUACUCCAUUUGUAAAUGUGGUUUAAUUUUCUGGCCUUCACUAAUAAUAUUUGUCAAGGCUGGUCCAGCUUUUACUU